UUCACGUAAUAAUGAGAUUGUGUGUGUGGCGAACUACUCACGUUCAAAGUGUUUGAAGUGAGUAAAGUGACUUAAGUGAAACAGAGUGGUCGGUGCUAUAUGAGACGGCGGCGGUAUCGGAUAUCAGGUGGUAUGGAGGUGAUGCUCUCAACUGGGAGCCGCAUUUUCGUGGCAUUUAUUGCGACGGCCUUCUGGGGAAUGGGUGUUCGAGGUCUCCACAACCUAGAGAUCAACGUGCCAAGUGCUGUGCUGGUUGGAGAGACGGUGACCCUCGAAUGCACUUGGCAGCUGGAAGACGAAGAGGCUCUCUACAGUGUCAAAUGGUACCGGGGAAGAGAGGAAUUCUACAGAUACAUACCCAAGGAGCUGCCACAUACCAGGGUAUUUCCACUGCCAGGAAUUGAAGUUGAUAUAUCACGUUCAGGCGCGAGGCGCGUUGUCCUUCAGGAGGCGACACCUGCGAUGGCGGGCCGAUUUCGCUGCGAAGUGUCCGCCGAUGCACCCACCUUCCACACUGAGAUACGAUCUGCACCACUAGAAGUUGUUGAGCCUCCAGAAUGGGCCCCGAAGCUUGUGUCAGACCGAUCGUGGUACGGCGUCGGUUCAACCCUACGAGCUACUUGCGCCUCCCCGCUUGCUCAGCCCCCAGUCAAUCUCACAUUCGCCCUCAACGGCCACGAGAUCGACAUGGAAUCAUUCCUGCAUGAAUUACCAGCUUGGUUCAAAUGGGAUCCGCCCCCGAAAAGUGAAACGACAACCACAGAGCAGCCCGAAGACGAAAUCAAUUUUAACAUAUUCCACGACGAGAGCAAUAUUCAAUAUUUGGACGAGUCUUAUAUAAACCUUCACAAAGAGGAAAUCAGACGGCCUCCUAAGGAGGAUAUGAAACCAGUAUUCGAGAGGUUGGGACCCGAUAAUAGGCUGCCGUCAGUAGGCGAAGUUUUAUUUGUCGUCCGCCACGAGGCGUUUGAGAGAGGCAGCCUGAGGCUGACCUGCAUAGCAAGUAUUUACAACUUGUAUGCGGCACGCGCAGAACUAAUUUUCGAUAUGGAGCAGCCAGAAGUUGCUUCGGUGUUGGGCGUUCGUAAUUGUGCCAUAGGUACAUCUAUAUUUUGGCGGCUUUCAUCUCUUAUACCAAUAAUUUGGUUAACGAUUCGGUAGUUUAUUGUGUGGUUUGAUUUAAAUUUAGUGAAAAAUACUCCAGUUAAGGUUAUUUAGGUUGUCUUUCUAUCAGAAAUGUGUGGGGACGAUCACGGACAGAUGUAUGGGAAACCAAUUAGUCCCUGGCGACGCAUCCAUUCACUUUCAUCCCCUAUACAAGCGGAGCUUGAAAUCGAUUUGUCCGUUAGGUUUUGUUCAAAAAAAAGAUAAUUCUGGAACAUUUUAUAAAACCGAUCUUUGACCAAUUACUUGCACCUGUAUACGAAAAGAAGAACUAAUUGAACUCCUCGCCAAUGCUGCUAAGUGUGAGAUCGAAAUCGAACGGUCAAUCAACUCCAUCAACGGUGAUACAAAAGAACCACUAAUUAGACGUUCCCCGAUGGCGUUCCCAAAUAAAGAUAACUUUGUACGAACAGAACUGCUAUUACUGAUUUUGUUUGUAAAAUUUAUCCGUGUUGGUAUGGAAAAUUAACUGGUUUUCAUGUCUUGGCCAAAAGGCACCCUUGGUGAAGUGCGACGCUCAUUGUACAAAUUCAUGUAACAUAUCCAUAUUUUAUUGUGUUGAUUUGUAAAUGUUUGCGUUAUUGUCAAACAGUAAUUCCUAGCGGGUUAAGAGCCGGAACCACCUGGAU